AUGCGGAUCUUCAAGGGCGCACUUGUCUUCGCUGGCCUCAGCGCGGCCUACAAUAAACGCCAGACAAAACCCACAGCCACAAUCGACAGUGGCGUGAUCGUGGGCACGACGACAUCGCUGCCCUCUGCACCAGCAGUUGUGAACAAAUUUCUCGGCGUCCCCUUCGCUGCGCCUCCAAAUCGUUUCGAGCCCCCACGGAAUCACAAGCCAUGGACGCAACCGCUGGACACGAAAACCAGGAAGCCAGCAUGUGUACAAGAAUUUGCGUUUCCGCAACCCGUGAAGAACCUCACGCUGGCCUUGUUCAAUACACCACCGCCCGAAGAAAGCGAAGACUGCUUGUAUCUCAAUGUGUACGCGCCUGCCACUCCGGCUCCGAAAGGUGGACGAGCGGUCAUGUUCUGGAUCUACGGAGGUGGCUUGUACUUUGGUGAUUCGUCGAUUGCAGCGUACGACGGGAGCCAUUUUGCCGCGUAUGAGGAUGUUGUGAUUGUCGCUGCCAACUAUCGCACUAACGUCUUUGGCUUCCCUAACGCUCCCGAGCUGGAUCUGGAAGACCGUAAUCUGGGCUUCCUCGACCAGCGUCUCGCUCUCGACUGGGUCCAACGCAACAUCCCCGCUUUUGGUGGUAAUCCCAAGAAAGUCACAAUCUUCGGCGAGAGCGCGGGCUCCUUCUCCGUGGACGCACUACUGACAAGUUUCCCUGCGAAAUCGACACCACCUUUCCACGCAGCCAUUAUGGAAAGCGGCCAAUUGAGCUACCGUGGAUCACCAAACGUGGGGAGGCUGUAUCCAGACGGCAAGCCAGCCUGGGAUGCCCUCGCAGCGGCGCUGAACUGCACUGAUGCGCAGAGUAAUCUUACAUGUAUUUCUGCGGCACCUGCGAGCACGAUCAAGGAGAUCCUCGAGAGCGAGUUCCUGUAUUUCCCCCCUGUGCAAGACAACAAGACGUACUUCUCGAACAUUGCCGAACGCCGGAAGUCCGGUGAUAUCGCUCGCAUUCCGAUUCUGAGUGGCACAAACGCGGACGAGGGGCGCUUCAUUGUGUACAGCCAGAACAACCUCACGGCGUAUCUGCAGCAAGCCCUCGGCGCGGUACCUUCUCCGGAAUUCGUGGCAGCUGUCGAAAAGCAAUAUCCUGUCGGCAGUGAGAGGUAUCCUACGGCCUACGACGCCCUCGCCGACAUCGACACGGAUAUCUCGUUCCAGUGUGGUGCGGCGCUCGUAGCGAACGACACAUCAGCGAUUGGUACGCCAUCGUGGAGAUACUAUUACAAUGCAUCCUUCCCAAAUACAGCCGGCUUCCCCGACUCACGGGCAUACCACUCCACUGAGAUCUACUCAGUGUUCAGCACGUAUCCACUGGUUAACUCGACGGCCGCUCAGCGCGAGCUUUCCAGCUUCAUGCGUGGUACAUGGGCGCGGUUUGCGAAGGAUCCUGCAGCAGGACCGGGUUGGAGGGCGAUCGACGUGAAGAAAAAGGCGGCUGCGAAUGUGGCUGUCUUCACAGCGGAGCAGCCGAAGAGGGUGAAUAUGGUUGCGCAGAGUGAAGUUGAUUCACGGUGUGCAUUCUGGACGAAGAUCUUGGCGGGGAGGCAUUAG